CGUAUUUUUCGCUCUAUAAGACGCACCAGACCACAAGACGCACCUAGUUUUUGGAGGAGGAAAACAAGAAAAAAAUAUUCUGAAUCUCAGAAGCCAGAACAGCAAGAGGGAUCGCUGCGCAGUGAAAGCAGCAAUCCCUCUUGCUGUUCUGGCUUCUGGGAUAGCUGCGCAGCCUGCCUUCGCUCCAUAAGACGCGCACACAUUUCCCCUUACUUUUUAGGAGGGAAAAAGUGAGUCUUAUAGAGCAAAAAAUACGGUACUUCCGAAAUAAAUAGUUUUUGCAGCAUAAGAAGUGUUUUCCUCCUUCCCCCUCCCCAGUCAAUAAAUUCCACUUCUUUCUAAUCACAGUCACAACAACCUUUUGAGGUAGGUUAGGCUGCCUCAAGGUCACCAGUAAUCUUUAUGGUGAGUGAGGAACCUUGGGCUCCCAUGUCCUAAAAGGUAAAGGGACCCCUGACCAUUAGGUCCAGUCGUGGCCGACUCUGGGGUUGCGGCGCUCAUCUCGCUUUAUUGGCCGAGGGAGCCGGCGUACAGCUUCUGGGUCAUGUGGCCAGCAUGACUAAGACGCUUCUGGCGAACCAGAGCAGCGCACGGAAACGCCGUUUACCUUCCCGUUUACCUAUUUAUCUACUUGCACUUUGACGUGCUUUUGAACUGCUAGGUUGGCAGUCCCAUGUCCUAGUCGAACACUUAGCUGUAGCACCAUUCUGGCUUCCAAAUAAGCAGGACUCCUUGCACAGGACAUUUGAUGGUCUUUCUAUAUAUAUAUCCUCUCCCUCCUGCUACUUCCGCCUUCUCCACAACAAACAAAAUAAUGCCCUUAUUGAUAAGCCAUCCUCCCAGUGCCCUCAGGGUAUGUCGGAUGUAGAUAUGACUUGAAGUCUGUAUUCUUUGCCUUCCUUUGACGCCUCAGCAGUUUAUGUUUGAAAGAAAUAAAAUAAAUACAGCAUAUGAGUCAACAAAACACCACCGUAAGAACCCAGAAGGAGAGCCCUGCUAGAGGAGCUCAUUCUGCUGCCUGCAAUGUCCAGCCAGAAGCAUCUCCCCUCCAAAAUGGAUGGCGCCCCUCGAAAUUUCAAGGUGGCCCUUGCUGCUCUGGCUGCCAUCUUCUUGCGGCUUGGCGGUGCUGAAUUGAUAUAUGCAGAGAAAGGCUCUUCGCCGGAGCUGCCAUGUCCUGGCGAACAUGGGGAAGUAUCCUGGUACCUUCAGCAAAGCGGACCCACCCUUCUCUUUUCCAAGCGGGGGAACGGCCCCGUGACUCGUCUCCCAGAGGCCUGGGAUCGCCUCAGGGUGCUUCAAAAUUACUCCCUUCAGUUUAGCAAUGUGACGGACAGCGAUCACGGCAGAUACUGGUGCAGCUCAGUCAAUUAUUACGACCUGGUGGUCACCACAGGCACUAAGCAGAUGCUGGAGAGCAGACUGUCUGAUCUCGUGUGCUACGUCCUGAGCUGCUCUGUCUCGAGCAAGGAAUUAGGCAAUAACGUGGUGAGCUGGUGGGAAGGCAAGAAGGCUCUCCAGCAAGGCGAGAAGGAGAGAGACUACAGCAUCUUCAAAGGUCACAGGGCAUCUCAGCUCCACAUUUGCUUGAGGGAAGGGAAGGAGACCAAAGAGAGAAGACUGAAAUGCAGCUUUGCUGAGAAGCAGGAGAUCGCCUUCCAUUUGACGGGGAGGGAACAGGAUUCGUGCGGCUGCUGCGGUUGGCUGCCCUUUCCUCCAGGAAAAGUAAAAGGUUCCUUAACGCCUCCAUGUCCAGAAAGUGAAGGAAAUGGGGGCACCUGGAUCCCGCUGGCAGUUUGUGUCACGCUGCAGUCUGUAAUCAUAUUCGUCCUGGGAUUGCUGCUAUGGAGAAGCUGUCGCCAGAAGCAUCCAGCCCACCUUGAGCGGCUCAGGAAAGAUGUUUCCAAGUUGGACGGCACAUCACAAGUCUAUGUGAAUGUCAGGACCUGAUGAGAGAUGCCUGCUGUGGCGAAGGAAAGUCUUUGGUUCCCAAUGAGUCAGCCAACCCUGGACCACACCCAGUGGAGCUUGUAUGCUGUUAUGACCCUCUGGCAUUAACUUUUUCCAGGCAUCUGAUUUUAUCUGUCCUUCCAGGGAAGACUUUCCACCUUGCCAGACCUUCCCUAGAUUUCUGCAUAAUGCUCGUAGGUAGAAGGAUCAGGCACAGAAAGCCAUUCUCCCUGCAAGCAAUCUUAUUAUCUGUGUCCGUUUUUCAUUUGAAGCAGUUUCCUGCCUG